GAUGACCACAAGGUUAUUACAGGGUCGUCCAAUCUCAGUGAUACAGCUGAAGAAAGAAAUGCUGAAAAAUUACUAACUAUU